UGGACCAUGGCGUAAAGACGGAGAGGUCUCAAUGCAUCCGAAAACAUUGCGUUUGUGUUAAUUGAGCGCGUGUCGUGAGCAUGGGGCGAGGCGCGUGACGAACAGCAGAUAAAGCAGAAACGGAGCGGCAAUACAGAAAUCGCCAAGGACCACUGAGAAGGAAAACAAGGUCUCUGUGUUCACAUUACCGUGCUGGUUGUCCGGACCCCAACUAUUCCAAGCAGGUAAUCUGCUGACACCUGCAUUGACGUCCCAUGGAAAAUAUAGUUCACCUUGGAAAAACCUGGAAAUAAAGUAACAGAACCUAUGGCAACAAGAGCCCGAGAAUCAUGAGACAACAUACAAAUAAUAAGGACAAAGCAUGUCUACAUUAAUCUUGCCACAACUAUUUAGAAUAAACCGGCUACAAUAAUCAGUCCUGGCCAGCGGUAUGGCCGACCCUACCACCCCUGCCCCGCAGACGGACCAGGGGAUUCUUAUUCUGGCUUACAUCGCCGGAGUCGCUGGCUUGAUUCUAGUGUUAUUCUGCGUGUGCUUUUGGGUUCGAAGAAUUCGAUGGAGACCGGGAAGGAAAUACCUCAAAGAGCAAAAGGAAAGGCAAGUAGCUAUGCAAGCUGCCCUAACGGGGCAGCCUUUACGAUAUAAAAAUGGCCAUCCAAAAGUCAUUACUGUCAAAGAACAAGAAAAGGUUAAAAAGAAAGAAGCCAAGAAAAAUAUGGUAAAAGUGACAGUGCACGACAUUAAAAUGGAGAGGUUACAACGCCGCAAAGGAAUAAAUACCAGUCCGUUGAAUGGGAAAUCUCACAAUGGGAAAGCGGUUAGUUCGUCCAUGGAUCUUAACGGUCGUCAUAGUAACGCCGCAAACGGUGACGUGGUAGACGAACCAUACGGUUCCAUACCCGCCAUCAAGAGAAGUCAAGCCUUUUACGGCUCAGUAAGCAGUUUAGAACUCCCCAGUUUAGCACCAAUUCAUGAAGGAAUGCACUCCCCGAAACAACAGACACGAGAAAAUUUGCAGCUGGAGGAACACGACGAAGAUGACGUCACGAAUCACGUGGUGGAAUGUGACGUUCAUGUGUCAGCUCGAAGACACAACUCACAUGACAAUAACUCAGUCCCUGAUAUUGUUGUCCACAGGGACCAGGAGAUAGAAAUUAUCAAUGACGUAGACGAGCACCCUGCAAAGUUGGGUGUGAAAAUGGAUGAAGAUACUGACGGUGCCAAAUCUGAAAAGCCAAUAGAAACGCCAAGAGAGAAGAAAGCAAAAUCCCCACUUAAAAAUAACAGUUCUGAUGCGAUUGCCGGAAAGAAAGAGGAAACAAAUUCAGAAACAAUAGUCAGCAAGUCCAGAUCUGCAGGAAAUUUGCAAACUGACUCCGAUACUACGAAAGUAUCAAACGCUCAGGUAAUGGAAAAAAUGAAAUCUGAGUCUGCAGCGGAAUUGCGGUCCAGAACACCAAGAAAGAAAUCCCCCAGAAACAAAACAGAACUGACUGAAAAUCAAGACGUAGCCAUCGUCACUACGCGGAAAAAGAAAACAAAAUCGCCGCGGAGCGUGCAAUCUGAUGGAGUCACUGACUCUGUGGAUUUUAAUGCGAUGGACAUGUCAGAAAAUUCUCAAGUAAAAAGGGUACGGAAAAAGAAGUCACCUCGACCUGAACAAGGUACGGAGGCCGAGGAGAGGUCUGUUGUUAAUUCCAAAGCAACGAAUGACGGGGAAACAUCUUCAAAACCGAGAAAGAAAAAGGCUCCAACUCCUCGAAAUACCGAGGCUGGAGAAGACAACCCGUCCUUCGUAGAGGAAGUUUAAUGUUUUAAAUUUGCCAAAACCAACUGUAGCACCUAACACAAUGUAUCAUCUUACACAUUGUCUCAUCUCACACGUUGCCUCAAUUAACAUACUGUAUCACCUCUUACAUUGCCUCAACUAAUACGUGCACUGUAUCACCUCUUACAUUGAUUCAACUAACAUACUGUCUCACCUCUUACAUUGUCUCAACUAACACACUUUCUUACCUCUUACAUUGUCUCAACUAACACACUGCCUCACCUCUUACAUUGUCUCAACUAACACAGUCUCACCUCUUACACUGCCUCGACAAACACGCUGCAUUACCAAACACAUUCACCGAUACGUGUUCUUGAUUGGCUCGUUUGAAAGAUCCCCACUAAAAUGACACAGAAAGGUGGAAAAUGAUCAAAGUUGACGAAUUUCUGCUUAAGAAUGAUUUGCCAGAGGUUACACAUAAGAAACGUCAACAUCAAUGGUCCGGACCAGUGACUGUCAGAAAAAAAUCGGAUCGGUUUUACAUAUUUAUGGGGCCAUUUUUCUGGCAUUUUUCAUAUUUGCAAUUUAAGAGCAGGCUCUUUUAACCAUGGCAAUGCACUGUCCUCAUAAGACGGGAAAAUAUUUGUGCCAUGUUUAAAAAAGUCAGAAAAGACUUGCAAAAUCAUUAUUUGAGUAUUAUUGGAAUAAUUCAAUGAUUUGCAUCAAACCUAAGCAAUAAUUGAUUGGGCAUCAUAUAACUUACACGUGCCAUGCUCGAGUUAUUUAAGCUGCUGUAAAUCAAUGAAAAUCAAGGUCACCCCCAGAGGAUCACGAUGGCGAGAGAUGACAAUAGAUAACCUUUGUAACAAACGAACUUAGAAAAUAUUCGGGAAAAUGUGGAUGAAUGAAAUAUGUUGAAUGACCUCUGGCGCUCCAAUUAUUGUUAACACCUUCACCUUGACAGUAAUAUUACACGCAUUUCAGUAGCUCUUUUGGGUCGCACAGUUGAAAACGCCCAGGUAUAUCUUAAAGAAUCGGAAUCAUCGAAUAAUAUGCAUUGCUACAGAACAGAAUACUUUGACAGCAGCCAUUUCAGCCAUUUUACUGCUUUGUACACACACUGGACAAUAGAAGUGGCACCCCUACUGAACCAAUACUUUGGGGGAGAUAAAUGACUGUGGAAUGAUAUGCUCCUGGUAUCAUUUUAUUAACAGCAAAUUUUACGAAAGAAACGGUUCUGGCUGAACAAUUCAACUGUAUCGAUAUUCUGACAUUGCUUAUAUUCCGCCUCUUCGGGUUAAUGAUUACUCUGAUUCAGGGGGGCACUUCUAUUGUGUGUAGGUCUGGUCAUUUGACAUCGACUUUGUCAAAAACGUGGCAGGAUGACACUGAUUCCAAAUGCAUAGUUAAAUUUUGUCUCCUAGCUAGCAGCAAAUUCAUAUGCGGAAGUUCUUGUAUUAACUCUAACGUAUACAAAAAUCUCCCUCUACCUGCAGUGACAGCUCUUGCAUCUUUAAUUGUCCAGGUGGAAAGGAGCUCUACCGACAUACUAUCGAUAUUACCAAUACAUCCGAUUUUCUCUUCUAAAUUAUAAAGCCGAUUAACUUGUUAAUUCUAUAUUUUUUCAUUAGAAGUGGAGGCAAUUGGCCCACAUGGAAUUAAUCAUAGCGUGAUAGUAGUAAUUGCACUAACCUGAAGUGGAUUAGGAAAGAAAAUUUGGUCUUUGAGUAUAGUUUGUAUGUAUAGGCAGAGACCACUAUGACAAGCAUACAGUUCAUACACGGGGGAUGCACCCU